AUGUCGUCCUCUGGAGCUGUCCCCGCUCCCGAGGAACUCCCUCUAGGCCCUGUCCGACGGCACAUAACCACGCACGACGCCAACGGCCGCGCCGUCUACUCGGACGCCUUCCCCUUGGAAGUAACGCCGGACCCUCUGCCCAACAUGCUCUUUCAUACCUGCUACACGACCUCCGAGUCGCCUGUCAGGAUGAAUGACGACAAGGAUCUAGCCGAGUACGGCCCGCAUCACCCGCGCAUGCCGACUCUGCACCUGCCCUCGGGCUCCGUGCUGCGCGUCGUUGACUUUGGUCCGCAUACGGAGCCCAUGAUGCACCGCACCGAGUCGUGCGACUACGGCAUCGUGCUCAAGGGCGAGGUUGAGUGCCACCUCGACGACGGCGCCGUGAGGACGCUGGGAGAGGGUGACAUCAUGAUCCAACGGGGCACGAUGCACGGGUGGAAGAACGCGACCGACAAGUGGGCGCGGGUAGUGUUUUGUCUGCAGCCGGCUGAGCCGGUACGGGUUGCGGGCCAGGUCAUGGAGGACGACAUCCCGUUCAUGAAGCUGGCGCCGGAGAGGCAGGCGGACUUUGAGAAGUUCAAGGAGGAGACGAAGAAGAAGGCGGGGAAAAGUGAUUGA